UCUUCCCAUUUAUCCUUUUUCUUCUCCCCGUCCCCCCCCCCACCAUCCUUCCAGGCUGUGUUCAGGGAGGGGACCGAAAUGUCUGCCAGCAGUCUCUCCUCCCUCUGAGCUGAUUCCAGGGACCGUCAUAGGGGGUAGGAAAUCUGGACAAUGCCUGCAGGUCCAGCUGGAGGACGUUGUGCGUCACACAUGGCUGCCCAUGAGGCAGAGAUAAAGAGCAGCGCCUCUAUCAUCCCAUGUUUCCUGUUUGUAGAGCUGGUUCUCAUGGCUGGUACCGUGAUCCUCUCGUACCACUUUGAAUACACCGACACGUUCCCCGUCCACUCCCAGGGAUUCUUCUGCUACGAUACAUCUCUGUCCAAGCCUUAUCCAGGACCUGAGAGCACCAGCCAGGCACCACCGCGUCUCUUAUAUCCGCUGAUCACUGUGCUGCCCAUCCUCACGAUCCUCCUUGGAGAAGUCUCCUCCGUCCUGAUAAAUCCAAGAUGGCGGAGCAAAGAGAGAGUGAUCUCCUGCGGGGACUGCUGCUUCUUCAACCCUUUACUGCGACGUGUGGUCAGGAUCCUAGGUCUCUUUUGUUUUGGGCUCUUCUGCACGGUCAUUUUUGCUGGUGCCGUCCAGACGGUCACUGGUAACCAGACCCCCCACUUCCUAACGGUGUGCCGUCCAAACUACACGGCUCUGGGCUGCGUGUCGCAUGUUCAGUACGUGUCAUCGCCACACGCCUGCACGGGUGACCCUGACCUUGUUACCGAGGCUCGGAAAGCCUUCCCAUCAAAACCCGCAGCUCUGGGGGCAUACGCAGCGGUUUACACUACGAUGUACAUCACUCUGGUUCUGCGGGUGAAGGGUUCCAGGCUGGUGAAGCCCUCCCUGUGUCUGGCUCUCCUCUCUCCCUCCUGGCUUCUGUCCGUCCUCCGCGUGGCUGAAUAUCGGAACCACUGGAGAGACGUGCUUGCCGGCACCAUCACCGGAUCGGCCAUUGCAGUCUUCCUGGUGACUUGUGUUUUGAAUAAUUUCGGGAGCUCAGAAUCCAAGUGUGUCGAGGAAGAGCGGCCCCCAGACGAAUUAGAUGAAAAUAUCGCUCCGGAGCUGCACCCGCCCAAAACACACCAUGAAAAGGUCUCCAAGAUGUACCUCCAGAUGUCACCUGAUCCACCGCCGUGCCUUGUUCCUGUGACUCCUGACGUCUUAAUACCCUCCAACUGUAUGACCAGCCAAGUGUAACACCUUCUGACAAUCAACAGCGGGUUCCAAGAUGGAGGAACACCACUGCAUGGAGAUCCUCAACUUCACCCUAAACCUAGUAUCGCAGGAUAACAGAGACUGUGGGAGUAAAGUACUGUACAUCAAAUAGGAAUUAUUAAGAAACAGUCCCACUCAGCGCUUGUCUACAAUACCUGUCACAUCACAUUCAUAAUUGGUUUGAAACCCCAGUACAUGAAGUCAAGAA